AUGUCAGAACAAGGAAAGUCUUUUGUGGUUGACUUUUUGAUGGGUGGCGUUUCAGCAGCCGUUUCUAAAACAGCAGCAGCACCCAUUGAACGUGUAAAACUUCUUAUUCAGAAUCAAGAUGAGAUGAUCAAAGCUGGUCGUCUUUCAACACCUUAUAAAGGAAUUGGCGAGUGUUUUACCAGGACAAUUAAAAACGAAGGAAUUUUAUCACUUUGGCGUGGUAAUACAGCAAAUGUCAUUAGAUAUUUUCCAACACAAGCAUUAAAUUUUGCUUUCAAAGAUAAAUUCAAAAAAAUGUUCAAUUAUAAAAAGGAUAAAGAUGGCUAUGCUAAGGUUUUCCUUGGUAACAUUGCAUCUGGCGGUGCUGCUGGUGCUGUAUCUUUGACUUUUGUCUACUCACUUGAUUAUGCUCGUACUCGUCUUGCUAAUGAUGCAAAAGCUGCCAAGAAAGGUGGCGAACGUCAAUUCAAUGGUCUUGUUGACGUUUAUCGCAAAACCAUCAAAUCAGAUGGUGUUGUUGGCCUUUAUAGAGGUUUCAAUAUUUCAUGUGUUGGCCUUUACUUUGGUAUGUAUGAUUCUCUGAAACCUAUUGUUUUAACUGGUGCAAUCAAGGACAGUCUUCUGGGGUCAUUCUUACUUGGAUGGUGUGUAACUAUUGGUGCAGGCCUUGCAAGUUAUCCUAUAGAUACUGUAAGACGUAGGAUGAUGAUGACAUCUGGUGAAGCUGUCAAAUAUAAAUCUUCAUUACACGCAUUUAAAGAAAUUGUUACCAAAGAAGGUGCAAGAUAA